AUGGAUGAUUUGUGGAAUGACGCGUGGGAUUCUCUGAUUCAAGAGGUGCAGAGGGAAGCCGUCGAGGAGGAUGCAGUGCUGGCAGCGAAAUUGGUGGAGGCCUCGCUACCUCGUGCGAUUCAUCAUUGUCGGACAAUCCCACGAGACCAUAGCGGAGCGCACCAGCGGCUGAUGGCAGACUACUUUGGCGAUAACCCCCGUUACCCAUCAGAGAUUUUCCGUCGGUGCUUCACCCUCCGGAGUGAUUGCACUGGCCAGAUUGGGCUGUCUACUUUUCAGAAAUGCACCGCUGCAAUUAGACAGCUUGCCUAUGCCGGACAGGCUGAUAUGUUUGACGAAUACCUACAGAUAGGUUCGAACAACGACAUCAACAUUCUCCAAACAUCGUCUCUCUUCAAUGAUGAGUGUGCCAGGGGGAGGGUCCAGAAAUCAGAUUCGUAA